AUGAAGCUUUACGCUAUACCCUUCAUCGUGAGCUAUGUUGCCGCCAUCUUGCCUGUGAAGGACUUUAGAGUGCUGGACAUGGGCAGCAAUGUGGUCCAAAAGCAGGCAGUUUUGGCGACUGCUUCGUCGUCGGCAUUGUCGUUGUCGUUGUCGUUGUCGUCCUCGUCCUCGUCGUUGCACUCCGUCAGUGCACCCGGUUCCUCGAACUCGUCUGCUUCAACGACGGUCUCGAGCUCCGCUACCUCAUCGCUCGAAUCGGCAGCCAGCUCUGCUACAUCGUCGCUCGCAUCCGCAGCUAGUUCUGCUACUUCGUCGUCUCUCCCCAUUGUGCAGUUGACGGACACUUCCUUCUACAUAGUCACAGACUCGUCUCGAGCUGUUUAUUACCUCGAUACGAACAUCUACGACGCUGCAUCUUCAUACAACAGCACAUUCCCGCUCUUGAUCGAUACAGGGAGCUCCAUGUCGUGGAUCUACAACGAGAGCUGCUCGUCUGGACCGUGUACCGACGCUGCCAAGUUCGACGACGACGGAGUGCCAAGGUACUCGUCCACCAAGUUCAACUUGGCAUACUCUGGUGACGUCGUCUCCGGGGACCUUGUAACCACAAACGGUUCAGACUUGACGCUAUCCGUUCGCUCUCCCACGAUGUCCAUUGGGCUCCAAAAUAUCACUAUUGGGCUCGCUAACACCUCGCCCUCUAUCUUCGAUGGCUACAACAUCAGCGGAGUGAUUGGAAUACCGGCCACAUUCACGUUGGACCACAAGAACGUUAUCCAGCAGCUCUACACCCAAGGAGUCAUAGAUAAGAAGAUAGUUCUGGUAAUUAUAAACACAAACAACUCGGCAACUUCGUACAUGGGCUCCACGGCAGCUGAGGUAACAUCCUCGAGCUACGGAGGGGUCUUAUUUCUUGGCUCGGUAUCCAAUCCGUUCGCUUCGCCAGAGAACACUGUGGUCUACGCAGACGUGGUACCCAACUCAAACGCCUACUGGUUGAUGAACGCUACAGAAAUCGAAAUCCAGAGCCAGAAUGGAACAACCGAAUACCUCAACUACACAAACUCUGGCAACGACCGUCAAGCCAUCAUUGACACGGGAACUACAGGUAUAGUUAUGCCCAUGGCAGACGCAAAUCUUGUCCACGAGCAGUUGUUCGGGUCAGACUUGGUUACAGAUGGAUUGGGAAACUAUGCAUUCAAAUGCUCCAGCCAGAGUGCUGAGAUCUCAUUCACAACAAGUGGAGGUGAAACCUUGACUAUUCUAUCAUCUUACUUCACAGGAAAUGCAUACACAUCGCUGGCUCUUACAGGGUACUGCGCGUCUAAGAUCCAGGGUACCACGACCAACGACUUUUGGAUCUUGGGAGCUGCCUUCUUGAGUCAGUACUUCACAACAUUUGACUUGGAAACUGCUCAGCUUGGCUUCACGGUGGCUAGUGACACCUCCUACAUACUUAAGAAUGCCACUAGCUCCAACGGUACAGCCUCAUACUCGGCUACGACACUUCUUUCUGUCAGCUCUACAAAGACCGCCACAAGUUCAGGCUCCACUACAUCAGGUAAGAAUGGGGCCACUUCUUCCCACAGGAUUAAUAUUUCAUCAUUCUUCAAGGGGCUCUUCUUAAUAUUCUUCAUGAUAUAG